CAUUAAUAUUAAUGAAAUUAACUUAAUACAUGAAAUUGGACAUGACUUUUAUGAAAAUCUUGAUGACUUUCCAACAUCAAACGUUAAUAAAAUAGUUACAAAUUUUUCUACAUCAUCAAUUAAAGAAAUUUGGGAAACUAUUUGUUAUCAUGCAACUAAUAAAAACUAUGUUAUCAUAUUUGAAGAUG